AUGUCAUCCAAUACUUUCAGGGAAGCAAUUGUUCACCAAAGAUUGACUCAAAAAGUGCUUCACAAUGCAUGUCCUGCUUCAUGUUCACAUUUUAGAAAACACUCUGCAUCAAUCUCCAAUCAGACCUUUCAACCUCACCAGAACCACAAAUUCUGUACACCUCACUUCUGUAAGUCUCAGGGUAACCACAACUAUAUAUUUCAGUCUCAGCAGAUCCAGCCCUCUGGAACUCAGUCCAGCAACAAUCCAUUCUAA